AUGGCAGAUCAGCAACAGAUGAAAACUUCCUUCCUCUUUAUCCAGCUGAAGUCACCAAGCAAAUCUGCUCAGCAUUCACAGAAGGCGUGCAGUUUGGCAGAGGGAAGUUUGUUAGCUGCAAGCAGAAAGGCAUGUGACACCAGGGGGCCAGAUUCUUCUGUGAGAGAAGACACACAGCCUGCCCUCAGCAAGCUAAAGAUAGAGGCAGACAGCUCUGCCCAGAAGAGAGUGUCAUGCUUAAACAUCUGCACAGCAAUGAGCAAUGGCACCAAGAGCAGCCCAUCCACUGCCCAAGGCUACACACUGGCCAAAACCAGGGAAAGAACCUUUACUGAUGAUCAGGAGGAGGGUUCUUGUAACCAACUCAGAGAAAAUGCAGCCUACAAAUCUACGGUCCCAGUGAGAAACCAGUAUGCCUCACACACUAACUCUAACCCAAGUCACAGUUAUGUCUCCAACUGCUGGAAUGUGAUGGAUCAACUUCCCAGCCAAGAAGAAGAUAAGAUGUGGUGGAAGGUUGAGGUACUCAAGCCCAGCCUGGGAAACCCACCGAUUCAUCUGAGGAGCCCUGAAUGCAAAACUUUCCGGGAUGCUGUAGUGGAAAAAUCAGCUGUAUUAACAGGGAUAAAUGACAGAGCAGAGGGAAACCGGUUGGAGGGGCAGAUUCUGGCUACCAAGUACACCAUGUCAGUGACUACUGCCAGCCCUGUCAAACUUGAAAAGGCAGAGAGAUAUGUGUGGGUUAAUAGCACAUCAGCUCACUCCCAAAAUGUUGCCAAGGCGAAAUACAAGUUCUUGUUUGGUGAGCCACUGCCAACAGAGGAGGAGAAGGUACCAGAAACAAAUGACCCUGGAAACACAAGAUUGCUUUCACAAGCUGCUAGUGUCAUCAAUGAAUUUCCUGAAUAUGGGACAACAGAGCCUAGAGAAAAUGACACAUUCAAAGGCAAUCAAGGACAUGUAAUUGAACCAACACAAUGUAUAGAAGAAAAAAGAGACCUUCACAAGUCCAGCCCCGUACUGUAUAAUGACCAUUUAACAGAACAAUCUGAACAAUGUUUACAUGACAAUUUAAAGAGUGGGACCCAACAUUUGACAGAUGGUGCAGACAGCAACUGUUCAACAGUGCAAGAGCUCAACCCACAGACAGGAUGUACUUUGACUGUCAAUAUAGAGAACAUUGCGGAUAAUCCUAUUAUCCUAAGUACUCAGACAGCAGAACAAAUUGAAAAAGUAAUGGUUCCAGGUCAGGAGGACACCCCAUAUACUCCCAUAGCACCUGUUCCUCAGGAUAAAAAGUGUUAUUUAUAUGUACAAAGAGAGUUGGCAGCAAUCUCAGAAGAGGAAACUCUCUCAGAAUCCUCACUAUCACAAAUCACUGAGAUUGCUGACUAUUCAAGAUCACAACAUAGUAAUAUUUCCUCCUCAACAACAACUAUCAUGGAUAACAGCAAUGUUGAAGAAGAAAGUACUCUCAUAACCAGAAUGAAUAAUGAAGAGAAUAAUGACUCAGCUCAGACACAAUCUCCUAUGCCAAUAUGUGUUGAAAAUUCUGCUAUUAAUGGUAUUGAUACAGCAACGGUACAGACACAAAUGGUGGUUGGGUGCAGGGACACUUUACCGACUACAGCUGAUGAAAAGCAAAAUGAUACAACGUCCCUCAUAGCUGCAGGAACAAACAGUUACAUUCCAAACCUUGAGAGGACUAGUGGCAUAAUGGGAACACCUUUGUCAUCUGUAAUUCAGAGACCUAGAAGUGUUUCUGACACCUGUCAGUAUCAGGAUGGGUUAGACAAUGAAGUUUUCGUAAAGGAUUCAGAUCCUGGUGAAGCUAAUGUGGAACAUGUUCGAUCUUUCAAGAGCCCUAGGAUUGUAACUGAAGACCAACAUGAAGACACAUUUAGAUCCAAAAGAUGUUCUGAGGACUCCACAGACUUAUAUAGCUCACAGUUUGAGAACAUACUGGAUAACACUUCCUUGUAUUAUAGCGUGGAAUCACUUGACACCUUAUACUAUGAACCAGAUAGCUUUUUCAGUUUUGAGAUGCCACUCACACCAAUGAUUCAGCAGCGAAUCAAGGAAAGUAGUCAUUACUUGGAGAAGAACACAGCUGAGGUUGAGCAAGAGAUCCUCAAGGUCGACCAAGGCAAUGGAAUAACAAUGGGGUUCUGCAAUGAUGUCCUCAAUGGGUUGGAUACAUUUACCAUCGUGGAAUUUAAAGAAACAAAUGAAGGCAUGGAGCUCUCAGAAAGUGAUGCAGGACCAAGCAACAAACCGCUAGAAGCCUCUUAUGACAUGGGCAGCACUGAAAUCCUUCAAAAAGGAAGCACUGAAAACCUCAGCAAUGGGACCAAUAGUAAUGUACAAGCUGCAAAACGCCUGGCCAAACGCCUCUACCAGCUGGAUGGAUUUAAACGCUCAGAUGUUGCCAAGCACUUAGGAAAAAACAAUGAAUUUAGCAAGCUUGUGGCAGAAGAAUAUCUUAAAUUUUUUGAUUUCACGGGUAUGGCCUUAGAUCAGUCACUCAGGAGAUUCUUUAAAGCCUUCUCACUAGUUGGAGAAACUCAGGAAAGGGAAAGAGUUUUAAUUCACUUCUCCAACCGAUAUUUUCUGUGCAACCCAAACAGCAUGUGUUCUCCAGAUGGAGUGCAUUGCCUUACCUGCGCAAUUAUGCUUCUUAACACUGACCUACAUGGACAUAAUAUUGGAAAGAAGAUGAGCUGUCAGGAAUUCAUUGCCAAUCUCCAAGGGGUGAAUGAAGGGGGAGAUUUUUCCCGGGGGCUUCUCAAGGCUUUGUACAACUCCAUCAAGAAUGAAAAGCUGGAAUGGGCAUCGGAUGAUGUUGAUGCAAUGAAAAAAUCACCAUCAGACAGUGCUGACGAAAAAGCAAAUGGUACUCAGUCAAAGAACGUUAGUCGGAUUGGCAGCAGCAGCAACCCAUUCCUGGAUAUCCCCCAUGACCCAAAUGCGGCAGUGUACAAGGCUGGUUUCCUUGCACGCAAACUUCAUGCAGAUAUGGAUGGGAAAAAAACUCCAAGGGGAAAACGAGGAUGGAAAACGUUUUAUGCUAUUUUAAAGGGAACUGUCCUUUACUUGCAAAAGGAUGAAUACAAGCCAGAGAAAGCUCUUUCUGAAGAUGAUUUAAAAAACGCUGUAAGUGUGCAUCACGCCUUGGCCUCAAAGGCGACAGAUUAUGAGAAAAGACCCAAUGUCCUCAAACUGAAGACAGCAGACUGGAGAGUUUUCCUCUUUCAAGCACAGAGCACAGAAGAAAUGGAGUCAUGGAUUAACAAAAUUAACUGUGUGGCAGCAGUGUUUUCUGCUCCACCCUUUCCAGCAGCCAUAGGAUCCCAGAAAAAAUUCAGCCGCCCAUUGCUCCCUGCUACUACCACCAAACUAUCUAAGGAGGAACAGCUGAAAUCACAUGAAACAAAACUCAAACAGAUCUCCACUGAGCUGGCUGAGCAUCGUUCCUAUCCACCUGACAAGAAAAUAAAAGCUAAGGAAAUAGAUGAAUACAAGAUGAAAGAUCACUAUUUGGAGUUUGAGAAAACCCGAUAUGAAGUUUAUGUGAAACUCCUGAAGGAAGGAGGCAAAGAGCUUCUGAGCAGUGGUGACAAUGACAACUCUGGCCUGAAGAAAUCUCAUUCAAGCCCAUCUCUUACUCAAGAUUCAUCACCAGCCAAUGCCAAGGUCAAGCGUAAUGUUUCGGAGAGGAAGGAUUACCGGCCAGAGACACCCAGCAUCAAGCAGAAGGUUACCUAAGAGUCAUGGGAUAACAAUACGCUGGAGUCAGUCC